CAAAACGUCCUGAACCACCUGGAACAAUAGAUCGAUUUUAUUUUUUGCAGAAUCUGGAUCAUGAACACGGACGAUCCAGUCGGCGCGAAAACAGACCAAGCCAGCUCCACUUAAAGCAACAAAGGACUCCUACAGAUUUCACCCUCCAGCUCAGGCACACCACCUUCAACAUCUCCUGCACCCCUGUGUUGUACAGAGGUGAGCGACCCAAGACUGCCUCCACACGUCCAGACUUCCAGGUUCUUACAGACUCGCGGUCUUUACGGGCACGUUCGCGGGCAGUCAGUGAGUGCAGAGGGUCCAGACAUCGCUACCUUCUGAACUGGAAGUGUGCUUGCUUUCUGUCAGUCAUCACACGUAGGAUCGCCAUGGCACCGGUGCAGAAAAAAUACAAAAAAUACGACUUGAAAUUCAAACUUUCAGUCGUAAAAUAUGCCGAGGAAAACUCAGGAGAAGCAGCCGCAAGGCGUUUCUCUGUAGACCCCAAGAGAGUGAGAGAUUGGCGAAAAAGUAAAACGGAGCUUCAGCGUCUGUCCGAGGAGGACAGCAACAGGGCCAGGCUGCCUGGUGGAGGCAGGAAGAAGGCGAGCGAGGAGCUCGAGAAAAACAUGCGGGACUGGGUUAUCGGCAAACGGGCACGCCAGGAGAGAGUGUCCCGCAAAAUGAUCAGGACGAUGGCGAAAAAAAUGUACGCCACAGUGAGUGACAGCAGGGAUGAGGAGUUUGCCGCCAGUGCUGGUUGGCUGAAUCGUUUUCUCCCCCGCAACAACUUCACUGGCAGAAGACACACAGCUUCUGCCCAAGACGAUGCCAGAGAAUUCAUCGAGAAGUUGGUAAAAUUUGUGACAUUUUCAUCCCGGAUGAUUGAAACAAAGAAGAUACCGGACAGAGACAUCAUAGCAAUGGUCGAAACGGCGGUGUCGUUGGACACGGUCGGGUCCACUACUGUGGAGACACGUGGGGCCCGCAGUGUCCCUUUGGAAACUACAGGCCAGGAGAAGAGCCACAUGACUGUGGUUCUGGCAGCAAAAGCGGACGGGACCAAACUGAAACCUUUUGUGGUUUUCAAAGGAGGUGUGAAGGAAGUCAAGGCGAUGCAAAGCAUUGGUGGAGUGGUGAUAGCCUCCUCUAAAAACGGCUGUAUGAAUGACGACCUCACUGCAGAUUGGCUGCAGAAAGUUGUGGGGAAAACCACAUUUGGCCCUCGUCUCCUCGUCUGGGAUUCCGACCGAUGCCACAUCGGCCAGGCCACUAAAGAGGAGCUCAAGCGAGGCUACAAGAUAACGACGGCUGUGAUACCGGAAGGAUGUACAAAAUACAUCGAGGCACCUGAGGUUGUUUGGAAUCAGCCGUUCAAAGCCAGUCUGCACGAGUCAUGUGAGCGCUGGAUGGCCGGUAACGUGGACAAAACCUUCACUGCUGGAGGAAACGUGAGAGCCCCAGCUCGUCGCCUACUUGUCGCCUGGGUGCUUAAAGCUUGGGAGGAGUUGGAUACGGAGCUGGUGAAAAAAUCUUUCAAGGUGUGUGGCCUGACAGUGGCAGCUGAUGGCAGUGAGGACCAUUUGAUCCACUGUUUCAAAGAAGGGGAGUCAUGUGCAGCCGGGAGAGAGAAGUUGGCUCAGGCCAGACGAGGAGAGCAGGAGGAUGAUGGAGAAGCUGAGCAGCCGGAGGAACAAGAGGAUGUCCAACAGCUGUCGGUGAUCAAAGUAGAGGAUUCCUCAGAGUGGAGUCCCAGUCUGGACCAGAAGAAACUAGAGCCCCGACACAUAAAAGGGGAACAGGAGGAACUCUGGACCAGUCAGGAGGGAGAGCAGCUUCAUGGGCUGAUGGAGGCUGAUAUCACCAGGCUCCCAUUCACUGUGAAGAGUGAAGAUGAUGAAGAGAAACCUCAGACUUCACAGCUUCAUCAAAGUCAAACUGAGGACAAAAGAGAGGCAGAGCCUCCAGUCAGCAGCUCAGCAACACAGAUAAAAACAGAAACUGAUGGAGAGGACUGUGGAGGAUCUGAACCUAGUCCUAGUCAUCCACAACUAAAUACUGAUGAAAAGGCUUCAGACUGCUCUGAGACUGAUGUCAGUUUUGGUAAUUGGCAAGAACCUUUGUUGGAUUCUGGACCUGAAACUGAGGACAGUGACUGUGGCUGUGAGGAGACCAGGGCACAUGAGUCAGGAGUAAAUAAUCUGAAAUAUAAUGAAGGCCCUGUGAGUGAUGUUGGAUGUAUUGCUGGGAAAAAAACCUGUAGCUGCCUUGAUUGGGGUCAAGUAUUUCACUACAAGGGGUCUCUUCAGGGACAAGCGAGGUGUCAUUUAGGCAACAGGUCCCUCACUUGCGUGGUCCAUAAGAAAUGUUGUAGAGCGAAGGAAAAGGAAGAUUCACAGAUAAGAGUUGAGAUGGGAGGAAAACCAUUUGAUUGCAGUGAUUGUGGGACAAGAUUUAGCCUUAAGAGAAACCUUGACAGACACGUGAAAGCCCACACAGGAGAGAAAAAAUUCGCCUGUGGUGAUUGUGGGAUGGUAUUUAGCCUCAAGAGUAAUCUUGAGAGACACAUGCAAGCCCACACACGACAGAAACCAUAUGGUUGUGAUGUUUGUGGUAACAGAUUUACUCGUCAGGGAAGUCUCAAGGCACACAUACGAGUCCACUCAGGAGACAAACCAUUUGGUUGUGGUGUUUGCAGUAAGAGAUUUAAACAGGCACGAAGUUUGAAGUCACAUGCAAAAGUUCACUCAGGAUAGAAACGGUACAGUGUCAGGGAUUGUUAUGAAUAAAAUCCUGUCACCUCCCUGUUCACCAUGUUGCCAUCUGACAAAAGAUACAAAUGCCUUACCACCAGACUAUGAAGCAGCUUCUUUCCUCAGGCUGUGAUACUCCUGAACUCUUCCUAAACACUCAACACAAAAAUAUAUUUUUUUAUAUGGCAUAAAGAGACUAUAAUUCAGAUUUUGUUCUAAAACCCUGGUGUUGUAAAAUCACCACUACGAUGAACCUUUGAACUUUAGUAGCAUUAGUAUUUCAAUCAUGAUCUUCAUGAAUUAAUGUAAGUUAUUUUGAGGCGGAAACAACCUCUCAGUCAAGAUGUAGGAGGUGUGACAUGGUAGGACCUCCACAAUGAUGUUUUUUUAGUUUUGAAUUUUGCUGAAAAGAGAUAUUUUGAUUUUGUUUGACUUGUGAGGUCUGGUUGGUUAACAGAGAACAUAUUGUGCUGCUAGUGGUGAUGUUUACAGAUUGUAAAGUACAUACUACAAACUCUGCUGUUUAACAAUUGACUGACAUCAUUAAAGUAUUCAGCAGCACAAAAAAUUCUGGUGAGUGGUAUGUGAGAAUUCUAAGUCUAUAUCUAACAGAUCAAUAAUGAAGCUCAUGUCUUGUAUUUCCAUUCUUUGUUUGAUUAUAUAUACACACACACUAACACGUCAGGAACAAUAUGCAAGCACUGUAAGAAACGCUGUACACUGCGUGUACACUGAGAACCAUAGCUCUCUAUUAAAAAUCAACUGUGCCGGUGAAUGACACACUGAAAGGCUGGGCAAUGCUGGCAAAUGUCUGGGAAAAUUCAAAUGUUGUACUGCAGACUUGCCCAUUCUCCGAGUCCAACACAGGGGCAAACAUAGUCAAAGUUUUUACAUGCAGCUGUCUCUGAGUGGGAGCUUAAAAGGCCAAGCCAUGGCAUGGCAUCGUCACACACCUAUAAAGUAGCAAACUUUUCUUGUAAAAUGGAGGUUGAACCAUGAAUAAA